AUGAGGAUUUUCUCUGUUUUGCUUUGGAUUCUUUUCCCAGGCUGCUGGGCGGUGACGGGCCCCGGGGCAGUGCGCGGCCCCCCGGGCGGGUCAGUGGCUGUGCGGUGCCGGUACCGGACAGGCUAUGAAGAUUAUCCAAAGUUCUGGUGCCAGGAAGGAGGUUGGUUCUGUUCCAACUGGUUUCACGUCGUUGAGACCCAGGGGUCGGAGGCCGAGGUGAAGCGGGGCAGAGUCUCCAUCCGAGACAAUCACACCCAGCGCGUGUUCACUGUGACCCUGGAGAACCUGACACGGGCAGAUGCCGGCACGUACCUCUGCGGGGUACAGAGGUCUGGGUUUGAGCUCAGGGCCACUGUGGAAGUCACCGUCUCCUCAGCUGUUCCUUCCCCAAACCUGACUGGAAGGACACCACAAGCCAAAAAGCAGCCAGAUUCACCUUCACGAUUCCAACCCAUCAUCAUCUAUUUCCUGCUCCUGAUGUUAUUGAAGGUUCUCCUCUUCCUGUGCAUAGUCUGUGCUGUGAUCUGGAUGAGCAUACGCGACAGGAGGCGCCACAGGGAGAUGGUGCCAGACAGACAAGCUCAGGAACUGCCUCUUUGCUAGUUCUUAGCAACGGAUUGGAACGAGCAGAAGGAGGAUUCAUUUUCCAGCUUUGUGCAAGUAUCCCACACCAUGGGCCUGAUUUUCUUCUCAUGUCAAGUGAAGCUAUUUCUCACCCCUGUUCUCAGAGGAUGAAGUCUGCUGGAGGUGUCUGACUCGAUGUUUCCCAGGCUAUGGUAUCUAGGUUCUUAGCAGAGUGUUGGAAAGCCGAAGGCCAAAUUCAUGCCUGGUGUAAGCAAGUGUAACUCCACUGAAGUCCCAGAGCCAAACACAGUGUCAGAGCCAGCAGUGACAGAGGCUGCCCCUGUAUCAGCUGGGCUCUACAUCGUCACAGUGACCUCAGGUGAAAUGCAGGAGCUGCUAGCAGGUGUUCUCCAGAAGAGAUCCUGUAGCUGGAAUUCCCUCUCUCCCUUGAUCUGGAUUGUCCCAGACCUGUUGACACUGCAAAGGCCAUUUCAUUUUCCAGGCUUCCAGGGAGGUGGGGUGUAGAACUGGGAUUUAUGCAUCAAGGCUUGGGAUCACGCUAAUGGAAUCACAUUUUUUCCUACAGCAAAGACAUUUAUGAAAGAAAACAGACACAACUGCACAGGGAGACAGACUUCCACACAGCUUGAGUCCCAGCUUGCCGGGUUGCUUACCCAGCCCCACACCCUCUCUGGGACAAUGUACAGUUCACACAGACACCUACUGGGAGAAUGAUGUAACUGCAAGCACACAUAUUAUUGUAUUAUAUUCUUUUUAACCCUUUCCUAGAUUUGGGGAGGCUGCUGUGUUUAUUUUUGUUUGUACUAGUUGGUUUGCUGUGACUGUCUCGCUACUACUAACAGCACGGGUUGCUGUUAACAGAUUUCAAGUAUCUUUUCAUUGUGUCUGCAUCUUUCUUCAUUGCAGUCAUUCUCUCAGCUUUUCGUUUCCUGGUCUGUGCACCUGACAUCUUUUUUUUUUUAGGUACUGGCCACAUUGUUUCCUUUCAAAUUUCCUGAAAUACAUUAAAAAAAACCCCAAACAAACAAAAAUUCGUUUCUCACACUAUGUCACAUCACAUGAUUUGGGCAAAAACAAUU